AUGAGGAAAGGGAUAGCAUUCGAAUGGACGCCCGCAUGCGAGGAAGCUUUUAGACACUUCAAGGAAAUCCUGGCGACACCCCCUGUGCUCGGGAAGCCGAAGUCCGGGGAGCCAUUAUACCUAUACCUCGCCAUAACAGGAGAAGCCCUGGCUGCGGUUUUGGUACGAGAAGAAGGAAGGGCUCAACAGCCAGUCUAUUUCAUGAGCAGAGCCCUACAAGGGGCAGAACUAAGGUACAGCAAACUGGAAAAGCUAGCUCUGGCACUCUUGACCUUUUCGCAGAGGUUAAAACAAUACUUCCAAGGUCACCAGGUUGUCGUAAGGACGGACCAAGGAAUCCGACAAGUACUCCAAAAACCCGAUUUGGAGGGAAGGAUGAUGACUUGGUCCAUUGAACUUUCCCAAUAUGACAUACGAUACGAACCCCGACAAGCAAUCAAGGCGCAAGCGAUGGCUGACUUCCUGGUAGAAGUAACGGGAGAUCCAACCGAAGAGACGGGCACACGAUGGAAGCUCCACGUGGACGGAGCCUUCAAUCAGACGUCCGGGGGCGCCAGGAUCAUCCUGGAAAGCCCAGCCGGGGUCGUAUACGAACAGUCAAUCAAGUUUGAAUUCCCCGUCUCGAACAACCAAGCAGAAUACGAAGCCCUCAUAGGGGGCUUAGCCCUAGCAACGAAAGUUGGAGCGACAAGGUUGGAAAUAUGCAACGAUUCACAAGUCGUCACCUCCCAAGUAAACGGGAGCUACCAAGCCAGAGACGCACUAUUACAAAAGUACUUGGAGAAAGUCAAGGAUUUGAGCCAGAGGUUUGAGGAGGUCACGAUCCACCACGUUCCAAGAGACAGGAACACACGGGCAGAUCUCCUAUCAAAACUGGCUAGCACAAAACCGGGAGAAGGUAACCGAUCUCUCAUCCAAUGUAUGAUGAGGGAGCCGGCAGUCACUCUGCACCUGUCAAGGCUAAGCCCCUCAUGGUUGGACCCCAUCACCAGCUUCUUAGAAAAUGGCAAACUCCCUGACGACGAAAAAAGAUGCUAA